AUGUCGAAGAUCCAGACCAAAGCCUUGGAUGCAAAACAUCCAGACCAGAGGAACCUGAAUAAAGGGAGACGUGCUUCAUACCAUGGACCUUGCUACGAUUCUCCAUUGGAUGCCAUGGGAGGCCCCAGAGAAAAGCUGUUGUACGUACAGUGUUGUUUAACCGGAACUGAUGCCCGGCAACCUGACUAUUUGGCCACGGUGGACGUGGAUCCAGAAUCGCCAUGUUAUUGCCAGGUCAUCCACCGCUUGCGCAUGCCCUACCUGGAUGACGAACUUCAUCACUCGGGCUGGAAUGCCUCCAGCAGAUUCUUCGGGGACACUAGCAUCAAGCGCAACUGCCUCGUCCUACCCUGUCUAGGCUCCGGGCGAAUUUACGUGGUGGACACGGGCUCCGACUUGUGUGCUCCCAGCUUGUACAAAGCACGGAGAGAACCACCCCCACCCCUCCCCUCCACAGGCGCUCCCCUCUUCCUGCUCCGAGGCACCGCGACCAAGAAAAACCUCACCCAGCGGCCCUCAACAUGGCACCAGGGAGAAGGGACCAGCAAGGCCUACACAGAGCCCCCCACCGCCGCCCUCCCCCUGGCGAGGCCUGGCCGGGACUGGGCCCGGGGGACGUGGCCAGGAGCGGGCCGGGAGGCCAGGCCUCCUCCCCGGCCACCCUCCUCGGGGACGACCUCCUCCUCAUGGUCAUCAGGGAAAGAGAGCGAGAUCAUCGAACCCCGUGAAAUAAUCGAGAAAACCAACCUGAGUUUCUUGCACUCCUCGCGUUGCUUGAGCAGCGGGGAAGUUCUAGUCUGCGCCCUUGGAGAUGCAUUGGGCAACAGAAGAGUAAUAUUGCUCUUUGCAAGAACAUUGCCUUGUGACCCCAGCGGUUCCUGUUUUCUGUUCCCAGGUGGACUUCUCCUUUUGGACCCGGAAACCUGGGAAGUGAAAGGGACCUGGGAGUGUCCAGAAGACGGACCUGUCCAGAUGUGUGACUUCUGGUUCCAGCCGCGACACAACAUCCUAAUCAGCACUGACAUGGGGGAGCCCAAGUUCUUUAUCAAUGGGUUCACACCAGACAAUUUGAGACAAGGGCGCUACGGUCGCAACCUCAACGUCUGGGACUUGACCACCCACCGCCUCCUCCAGACGGUCGAUGUGGGUGAAGAUUCAGAACCGACAGAGAUCCGCUUCUUGCACAACCCAAAUUCUGCCCAUGGUUACGUGGCCGGCUUUCUGGAGAGUUCCGUCCACCAUUUCUUUAAUACAGAGGACGGAUGCUGGACAGCUGAGAAAGUGAUCCAAAUCCCAAACAAGAAGGUAUCAGGAUGGCUCUACCCUGAAAUGCCAGGAUUCACUUUCUAUAUCGUCAUUUCUCUGGAUGACCGGUUCCUCUACUUAAGCAACUGGGUACAUGGCGAUGUCCGGCAAUAUGAUAUCACCGAUCCACACUGUCCCAAGUUAGUCGGGCAGGUGUUUGUGGGGGGAAGCCUUCAGAAAGGGGGUCCCGUAACUGUCCUUGAGGAUCCGGAGCUGGACUGUCAACCCGAUCCCUUUGUGAUCCAGGGCAAGACGAUCCAAGGAGGACCUCACAUGCUGCAGCUAAGCUUGGAUGGCAAACGUCUUUAUGUUACCAACUCUCUUUACACGCCUUGGGACAAGCAAUUCUACCCCGAGCUUAUCAGGGACGGUUCGGUCAUGCUCCAGCUGGACGUGGACACCGAGAAGGGCGGCCUUUCCGUGAACAAGAACUUUCUGGUGGAUUUUGGGCAUGAGCCAUUCGGUCCAGCUCGGGCGCAUGGCAUGUCCUACCCCGGUGGGGAUUGCACCUCCGAUAUCUGGGAAUAACGUGUCAUAUCAGCGGGGGAAGCACUCCACAUACUGGGGUCUAUCCAAUAUUUCUGUGUCUUGAUCCCUUGGAAGUCAUGCCAUACAAGUCAACAUGGGUCAUACAGAUGUUGUAUAUAUACGAGUACCAUAGAUCCCCAUCAUUCUCUGGUUGUCCUUGGGACUGAUGUCUUCAUGAUGAGAAGGCUCUCUUUCUGGCUUUUUCUUUCCUUUCUUCCUUUCCUUCAUACUUCUCUUCAUAUCGGUGGGAGGAUCACUCAAGAAUCGGGAUCUAUCCAAUAUUAUUUUGUUCAAUGCUUGCUGACAUGUCUCCUUGCUCUAAAGUCUUUCACAUAUAACCAACCAGGCCUUUGUAUGCUGAUGAAGGGAAAACCUGAUGUUAUAAAUAAACGUGCGAUUUUCAGCUGAAACGCUCAUUUCUGCAAACAGUGAUAAACUGGACCAAAGUUGACAUGUGUACCCGAUAAGCCCACAUUUGAAGGGCCACUUCACCCAGCAACACCUUUUUGUGGUACAAAAAGGCAGGCAGACAAACAAGCAUAUAUUCUGGGUUGUUGUAUGUCUUUCGGGCUGUGUGGCCAUGUUCCAGAAGCAUUCUCUCCUGACGUUUCGCCCACAUCUAUGGCAGGCAUCCUCAGAGGU